AGGUGCGGCUCUUUUCUACGUCGGUUGCGGUUGGACGUGAACCCUGCGCAUCUCCUCUCCCGGCCAAAGGAAGCCGGACGACUCCGUCCGUCUCACCGAUCCUUAAGCUGCCCCGCUUCCCCCCGCCGUUGCGAUCCUCGCGAGUUAUAUAUCCAAUGCUGAUUGGAUAUGCAGGGAAAUUAAACGCAGGAAUGUUCAGAUAACAUAGUGCAUUAUGGGUUGGCUGAGCAGAUAUUUUAAAGGCUCCAGCCAUAGAGUUUCAGAAGGACAAUAUCAUGGAAAUUAUGGUGAUUAUGGAGUUUGGAAUGAACGAUCCAGUUCUUGGGAUGCUCUGUCAGAAUAUGGAAAUGAAGAUGUGGACCGUGCUAUUGCAAUUUCCCUAUCAGAAGAAGAACAAAAGAAGGCAAAGGCAACUGAAAAUGCAUCUACCUUGGAGGAAGAUGAACAACUUGCAAGAGCUUUGCAAGAAAGUCUUAAUGCAGCUUCCCCUCCUCGAGAAAAUGGUCAUGCUUUUCAACAAGCACCAUUACUCUUCUCGUCAGGGUUCAGGAUAUGUGCUGGAUGUAAUACUGAGAUUGGUCAUGGACGCUUUCUUAGUUGCAUGGAUGCUUAUUGGCAUCCAGAAUGUUUUCGCUGCCAUGCCUGUAGUCAACCAAUAUCUGAUUAUGAGUUCUCCAUGUCUGGAAAGUACCCCUACCAUAAAUCUUGUUACAAGGAGCUUUAUCACCCAAAAUGUGAUGUCUGCAAGCAAUUUAUUCCCACAAAUAUGAAUGGCUUUAUCGAGUACAGGGCACUUCCUUUCUGGUUGCAGAAGUACUGUCCUUCACAUGAAAUGGAUGGUACACCCAGGUGCUGCAGUUGUGAACGAAUGGAGCCCAGAGACGCAAAAUAUGUCACUCUGGAUGAUGGGAGGAUGCUCUGCCUGGAGUGUUUAGACUCUGCAGUAAUGGAUACAAAUGAAUGCCAACCUCUGUACCUUGAUAUACAGGAAUUUUAUGAAGGUUUACAUAUGAAAAUCGGACAGCGGGUUCCCUUGCUCUUCGUUGAGAGGCAAGCUCUAAAUGAGGCCAUAGAAGGAGAGAAAAAUGGGCAUCAUCACCUCCCAGAAACAAGAGGCCUUUGUCUAUCUGAGGAGCAGACUGUCAGAAGGAUUUUAAGGAAGCCAAGAAUUGGAGCUGGAAACAAAAUAAUGAACAUGAUAACAGAGCCAUGUAGACUUACUCGCCGAUGUGAAGUGACUGCAAUUCUUAUUUUGUAUGGUCUUCCAAGACUGCUCACUGGGUGUAUUUUAGCUCAUGAGAUGAUGCAUGCAUGGCUUCGGCUCCAAGGAUAUCGUUCUCUUAGCCAAGAAGUUGAAGAAGGCAUCUGUCAGGUUCUGGCGCACAUGUGGCUGGACUCUCAGAUCAUCUCAGGGUCUGGCGAUAAUGUUGCAUCCACCUCAUCCUCUUCGGCAUCUACAACAUCGAAGAAGGGUUCCAGGUUUCAGUUCGAGAGAAAACUGGGCAACUUUUUUAAGCACCAGAUCGAAUCAGACACGUCACCAGCAUAUGGAGAUGGUUUCAGAGCUGGUAACCGUGCAGUUCUUCAGUAUGGCCUCCGACGAACUCUUGAUCAUAUCAAAUUAACAGGGACAUUUCCGUGCUGAAACGAAGAAGCAUGAUAUUUUUUUAUAUAUUAAUACACGAUUCAUUACUCUUGCCCUCAGAUUUUAUUUCAGGUACUGAAGCUUUCAAAAGAAUUAUGCUGAAGAAAAUAGAACUUUGUAAGCUUCUGUCCUCUAAUGAUUAUUCUUUUUUGUGAGCACUUGCUGUCAUCUAUACAGAAUAAGUUGGAUAUUUGAUCCACAUGAUUCAUUUGAUAAUUUUCCUGUAUAAUUUCUUUGUGCAAUUCAGUAUGAAUGCUUACCUGGUUUGUGUAUGUGCAUAUGUUUGACACGAUAGAGAUUGUAAUGGUAAAUUUAUUUCUUGUAUU